AUGGCCCUGGUGCCCGCGUUCGACUAUGCGGCGGCGUGGCCCACGAUGCGGCGGCGUGGCCCACGAUGUGGCGGCGUGGCCCACGAUGUGGUGGCGUGGCCUACGAUCACUUUCCGCCAAGCAGCAGCAGCGCCUGCUCGGCAUCCGCCUGCCGCAGCUCGGCCGUCACAGCCCACGGCCCCGCGUAAGUCGACACGGCGCGGCCACGAUGACAGCGAAGACAGACCGCAAAGCAAACGGUUCCCAUUCCUGUGCGUGACCGGGUAUCCGGAGACCGAGCCUUCACCUGUGGGGGCACGUGAACUCUCCGAGGCUGAAGUCGAGGGCCGCGAUGGGGGGCCACAGGACGACACUACGCAGAAGAAGACGGACCGUUUACUCGUCGGUCUUGGACCGCCCAAAGCACUCAUCGUGCAGGUGAUGCUGCCACCCGGCGACGCCAACGCUGCCGUCGGCUUCAUGUCCUUCGGCCAGGCGCUGGGCGGCAUCGCCACCCUGGCCGCCGUUUACAUUGCCGGGGUCCUACCGAGAGCCUCGCCCGCCGAGAUCCAGGCCGUCAUGGCCGGCUCCAACAGCGCCUUCUUCCGCGGUCUCGGCCCGGUGCUGCGCGAGCUGGUCGCCUGCGCCAUCACGUGCGCGCUCGCAAGGAUGUUUGCUGUCAAUGUUGCUGCUACGUUCGGCUGUGAUUCCCAGGCGUUCAGACAGACCGCGAAAAUGUAA